GGCGGGCUGAGGCGGGGCGGGGCUGGCGCUCGGCGGGACGGGGCGGGGCUGGCGCUCGGCGGGCUGAGGCGGGGCGAGGCUGGCGCUCGGCUGGCUGAGGCGUGGUGGGGAGGAGAGGGCUGGCCCUCGGCGGGCUGAGAGCGGGAAAGGCGGAGGCUGGUACACGGAGGGAGGAGCCAAGCUGCCGCCGGCUGCUCGACACACAGGCUCGCACACCGGGGCAUCAUGACGGAGAACGGCAGCGCGGCCGGCGUGGAGUCGGAGCCGAACGGAGGGCCGUGCUGCGGCUCGGAUCCGGGUGACAGGCUCCUCCUCCCCCGGCGGCGGCUGAAGGCGGCCGAGCCCGGCAACAGGGUGACGGUGGUGCUGGGCGCGCAGUGGGGUGAUGAGGGCAAAGGCAAGGUGGUGGAUCUGCUGGCGCAGGAUGCCGACAUGGUGUGCAGGUGCCAGGGAGGAAACAAUGCUGGCCACACUGUGGUAGUGGAUUCUGUUGAAUAUGACUUCCAUCUUUUACCCAGUGGAAUCAUCAAUCCCAAUGUCAUUGCAUUCAUUGGUAAUGGAGUAGUUGUUCAUCUACCAGGUCUAUUUGAAGAAGCUGCAAAAAAUGCGAAGAAAGGAAAAGGUCUUGAAGGUUGGGAGAACAGAUUGAUCAUUUCAGACAGAGCUCAUAUUGUAUUUGAUUUCCACCAAGCUGCUGAUGGUGCUCAAGAACAACAGAGGCAACAACAAGCUGGAAAAAACUUGGGCACCACAAAGAAGGGAAUUGGUCCAGUGUAUUCUUCAAAAGCAGCUCGGAGUGGGCUCAGGAUAUGUGACCUCCUGACUGACUUUGAUGACUUUUCUGAAAGGUUUAAAGUGUUGGCAAAUCAGCACAUGUCAAUGUACCCUACUCUGGAUGUUGAUAUAGAUGGGGAACUAGAGAAGCUCAAGGGCUACGUAGAGAGACUCAAACCUAUGGUAAGGGAUGGUGUCUAUUUCAUGUACGAAGCCUUACAUGGUCCAGAAAAGAAGAUUUUGGUUGAAGGAGCAAAUGCAGCCUUGCUGGAUAUCGAUUUUGGUACUUACCCUUUUGUGACUUCAUCAAACUGCACAGUGGGUGGUGUGUGCACAGGGCUGGGAAUCCCUCCUCAGAAUGUUGGGGAAGUGUAUGGAGUGGUGAAAGCCUACACAACAAGGGUUGGCAUUGGUGCUUUCCCUACAGAACAAAACAAUGAUAUUGGUGAAUUGCUGCAGUCACGCGGGUCAGAAGUGGGUGUCACCACAGGCAGAAAGAGGAGGUGUGGCUGGCUAGAUCUCGUUUUGCUGAAGUAUGCUCACAUGAUAAAUGGGUUUACUGCCUUAGCACUUACCAAACUGGACAUCCUGGAUGUAUUCACAGAGAUUAAAGUUGGAGUGGCUUAUAAGGUUGAUGAAAAAGUAAUACCCCACUUUCCAGCUAACCAAGAGGUCUUGAACAAGGUGGAAGUUCAGUAUGUCUCUCUGCCCGGCUGGAACACCAGUAUAGCAAAAGCCAGGACGUUUGAAGAUCUGCCUGCAAAUGCCAAGAGCUAUGUCCGAUUUAUUGAGGGACAUCUUGGGGUGCCUGUUAAAUGGAUUGGAAUUGGCAAGUCAAGAGAGUUGAUGAUCCAGCUGUUUUAAGAUUGGUGUUGCCAAGAAGAGCCUGCUAUCCCCAGAGUUGACUUCGGCAAGUUCAAAUCUGGACACAUUCAGUCUUCAAAUACCAAAAUUAGUAUUGUUUAGCAGAAAUGUAGGGAAUUACUGUUAUUGUGCGUGCAGGUGAGGGGAAGAACGGAUGUGAUUUCAAAGCAACUUGUAAAAAUGACAUUUAAAAAAAAAAUUAAAUUUCAUUUUAUUCAGGGAUGGUUUCAUAACCUGCUGUCACAAAGUGUUUGGAAGCCUUUGCGCUGACUUUGAAAUCCAAUAUACUGGCAUUUGUUUGAUUUUUAAAUGUUUUUUUUUAAAGAGUUAGUAUGAAUCAGGCAAUAUUUUUAAUUAAGUUAAUAACUUUGAAUUGAAAAUAAAACAAAUGAAAAAUUAUUCCCUGUACUUUGCAAGAGUAUAUUGGCUGGUGUUUGUUUUUUGCCAAGACUAGAUUUUGAAAAUUAUUUCUUCAUGGUUUCUAACUUGAAAAUGAUGGGACAUUCUUUGUGACACCAAAGAAAGCCACAGUAGAUGCUGCUCCCUGCAUUCCUCUUGGAGUUAUCUUGAGGUGAAGGUUGUGUCCCUGAUGCCUCAAGGUAGACAAAAUCCAUACUGCAAUUCAGGAUGCAGCUCUUUGGUCACUGGGAGGAGGCACUGUUUGAGGAGGACCCAGUUCCAGACAAUGGGGAGAUCUCUGUGGUUACCACAGUAGGAUAUGUUGCAUUCUUGAAGGUGGUCAUGCCAUACCUGAGGUCCAGUAGCAUGUUCUCCUCUUCCCAGGUGUUGGAGAUGAGGUUGUGAAUUUGAUUAAAGUUCCUAUGCUCCAUAUUUUAAAACUUCAGCAGGGAUGCCAUCUCUUUCCAGGGCCUUAUUGAUUCUCCGUUGGGAUAUGGUCUUUUGGAUUUCUUGUUGACCUGGGUGACAGUCAGGCUGGACUGGAUAGGUUGCUAUGGGAUGGAGUCAAGGUAUUCACGUUAAAGGCAAAGUCACAGUUGAGGAGUUCUUUGAAGUGUUCCUUCCAGCAGGUGCUGACUGCCUCUCUGUCCUUGAGUGUUUGGGCUAUCGAUGGCCUUGAUAUCACUGAAAACCCUGCGCACUUCAUGUUUAUCAGUGGGUUUCCACUCACCUCUGUGCUUUCAGUCGUGGGUUUUCUGUUCGCCCUCUGCUUUCAGGUGCCUGUAGAGCUGUUUCUUUUUCCCUGAGCCAUGGUGGAGUUUCCAAUCCAAGAACAACUUGUGUUUGUGGUGAACUAGCUCCUGGAUCCCCUGGUCAGUCUUAGCUCUUGUGUUUUGUGGUAGAGAAGCCACAAGUCUCUCCAUGGGUGCUGCAGGAACGUGGGUGGAGAGAUACCACCAACGACCUCUGCAAAAUCCUCCAAGUCCAUUGGCAGGACAAGGGAGCCAAUGCCAGCAUCCUCUCUCAGACCAACAUCCCUAACACUGAGGCCCUAAUUGCGUUCAAUGUGCUCUGUUGAGCAGGCCAUGUUGUUCACAUGUCUGACACCAGAUUCCCAAAGCAGGCACUCUAUCCCAAGCUCUAUCGUGGCAAGAGAUUACUGGGUGAAUAGAGCAAAAGUAUUCUUCUCGGAAAAAGUGUAACAUCCAGAGACUUGUGGGAAUCCGCAGCCCACAACCACUCAGAAAGGAGAAGGUUCAUAGAGGUGGAAUCAAGAACCUCGGGUCCAUUUGUCUGGAGCACACAGAAGCCUAGCAUAAGCAGUGGGAGGAGUGCACCCACUGUCAAACCACCCACCUAUUGCCCCAUCUGUGGCAGAGUCUGCAGCUCCCAUAUUGCCCUGGCAACCACAGAACCCACAGAACAGGAAUGAAUACCAGUCAUCCUUAAUUCUGUGGGACUUCCUAAGAAAAAGACAAUUUUUUAUAGUAUAUUUGCUCCAUUGACAGGCAAAAACCUCACGAGCUUUUAUUGCAGAAAAUGCUGCAAACUUAAUUAUGGUACAAGUGACCCCCAACUGGAAUAAUGUUCAGACUGUGGGAAAUGCACGAACAUGUGGAUUCUAGUGUUAGUAUAUGUGAACAAUGGGAUUGUGCGCUUGUCACUGGCAAACUUACAAUUCUUGCUGACAGUCCUGUGUGAAUCGUAAGGCAUAAAGCAAAAUACAUUUGUUUCAUACACAAAGAUGUAGUCCUUCAGUAUUUUUGGUCUUCAUUAGUAAGAGCUUGAUUGUUGUUUGAUGCCUAUGAGAAACUCAGUUCUAGACAGAGAAGGUAAGAGUUGUGACUUAAUUCAAUGCCAAGUUUGAGAGAAGGAAACAGUGGAAAUUCAAAAUCAGUGGUCACUUAAAAUUUUCCAGUGUAUGAAUAAUUUGUGAAAUGUAUAUUUUUUAUUAAUAUGAAAAAUCACUGGCAACAGUAGAAUGAUUGAAUGUAUUGUGAAAAUCGCCAUGUUGACUGGUAUUUUCAAACUUGUUUGCUUUCUGAGCUUGAGUAGUUCGUUGCUGGCCUAAAGCACUCUUGUUUGCUCUUCAGGAUUGACCCACAAGAGCUGAAAGCCAUUAAGAUCCUAGAAUCUGUUGCCCAUCGUGCAUGUGUUGGCUCUCUUAAGAAGUUAUCUACUCGCCUUUUAUGCUGCUUUUCCAUGUUCUUCGUAUAGAUUCAGUUUUCGGUUGUGUAUUCCAUAUCUUAAAGGGCCUCCUCUGUACGUUUUAAAAAUAAAUAAAUUUCAGAAUUCCAACCUCGCCCAACAUGGGUUCUCUUGCAGAGGAGCAUUUCAGUGCUGUUUGUACCACAGCACUUAUUUAGCAAUCGAGUAUCCCAAAGCUGAGAAAGGUCAGCGUCAAGAAUUUCUGAGCAGUGAUUAGUUUUCCGCACCAGCCUGUACAGCUUUUUUAAAACAUUUAAACUUCUUCCUGUGAAACCCAACACCUGUGCAUCUUCUUUUUAAAAAGCAAAGAUACUAUGGAAACUUCCAGUUUGGUACCCCCUGCAGGUUUGUUUUAAUCAGAUUUCCAGAGAAGAUUAUUGCAUAUUUGCACAGAUUUUUUGCCAUGCUAACUAUUCUUCUUAAAAAUUGUUUUCCUAUGUUUCUGCCUAGUGAAAUGUUCUUUGGAAGAAUAUGACUAACUGCACUGUAAAUACUUAACAUGAUUAACGUGCAGGAUAUUUUUCCUGGGGUUGGUGUCGUAUAGAAUGAUUCAUGUACAAUGCGCAUGAAUGAUUAAUGUAUGUGUACAGGCUGUAUGUGUUUUACUUUGUAAAUUAUGCAACUGUUCUCUUUUUAAACACAACUAUUGAAACUCUGGGUGGGCUGUUAAGAACUACAGAAAAUAAAUUCUGAAAUGUAAAGCCUCUUUGUCUCAAUUUAUUUUGACUUGUGGUCCUCAAAGAUGAGGACUUUUUGCAUUGUGCUAUGUAAACAGCAUUCUUCAAGAGCUGGAGCUCCCUUUUUAACAUUGCAGUGACUUGAUUGAGUUGAUUUAAACUGCUUACUGAGAUUGACAAUAUAUGUACAGUACAUGGAUUUAAUCAUAUUAAUGGUCAAUUCAAUUCUAAUUUGAGAUUUAGUAGAAUUGGUAUUAUUCAGAUAUAACUAACUUGUGUUUGAAUAAAAAAAAUUUAUUUUUAAUAAAAAAA